ACAUGAAGUUGGGAUUAACCAUCGUGUGCUUGAGCUUCGUGUGUCUGUCGCAGUGUGCGCCUCCGACGUGUUACUCAAGGGCACUCGGCCUCAGCAAAGAAGUGAUGACCCUGCUGGAUAAGAUUCACACUUAUCAUCGCACGAAAGCGUGUGCACGAGACCUGCCCGCCAUCUUCCUCGACGUGCAUAACUCCUGCGUCACAACCAAGCUGCGUGACUUCCUGUACGUGGUUCUCAACCACCCCAGCCAGUACUGCAGGGAACGGCCCAGGAUAGUGCUGCUCAAGCGGAAAAUCCAAAACUUGUACUCCAUCAUCACCAGGAUUUGCUAUCGGGACCUGGUGUUUUUCACAGACGACUGUGAGGCCAUCGAUACCGGACACAGCAGGCCUCACUUUGCCGAGGACAGGCUUCAGCUUCUGCAGGAGGAGCGAUAAGCAACACAGGGAGUAGCCCCGAAUGGGCACCCAAAUACCCAGCACCCACACCAGUACAAUGCAGUGUAGUCAUGCUAGCGGCUACGCAUGCUUACAUUCCUGCAAUCAGGCACAACUUUCCACAGGAAAUUUGCUGAAUGCCAACCAUGCCGACGCAAACCUUGAAAUAAUAAAUGCUUGUGAGUCGGGCUAAGCCUCUGCUUACGCUAGCAGGGCUGAUCAAAGCUUUGUGUGUCGUUGGAGAGAACGAGGCCGUGUUGCCAUAACCCUGCUCUGACUCACAUGUCCUAAAAGGAGCACUGUUGGCAUCUCCAACGUGUCUUUUGGAGGGAGUAGGUACAGUAGCGUUGCUUCCAGUCAUUGUUUGGAUGGCUUGAAAGCAAUAUAGGUACUAAAAUAUCGUAUUCGUCUAGAUCAGGUUAACACUUUCAUAUUAUUGUACUUACCCUAUGCUUGCCUGUCUUCUAUAUAUAUAUAUAUAUAUAUAUAUAUAUAUAUAUAUAUAUUUUAACGCUUCCCUUUACACUAUACACCAGAAUAAACAUUUGGUUUUGUCAUGGUUUAUUGAUUAUCUGUCUUUGUGAUUUAUUAGUGGCCACAUCCUGACUUCCUUGCUAAAACACUUCGAGGGCGUACACUGCAUUCAUUCUCAAUGGACAAAGCUGGUUUUUAACGUAGUAUUUGUGUCACACAUUGAAUUAGUUAUAGAAAUAGUUCAUGGGUUGCGGAAUUAAUAUAUAACUAUAUAUAUAUAUGUGUAUAUACUUCUACUGCAUGUAUUAAAAAUAGCUUCCGACUAACCGGCCAGUCAGAAGUAAAGAUCCUGUAUCGCGUAUAAAAACCUUGUGAUGUCCAUCCAUCCUCUGUGCCACGUAUCCUCACUCGCUGGGGUAUGCUGGAGCCUAUCCCAGCUGUACUGGUGGCCAGCCAAUCACAGGGCACAUAUAGACAAACAACCAUUCACACUCACAUUCAUACCUAUGGACAAUUUGGAGUGGCCAAUUAACCUAGCAUGUUUUUGGAAUGUGGGAGGAAACCGGAGUACCCGGAAGAAAGCCACACAUGCACGGGGAGAACAUGCAAACUCCACACAGAGAUGGCCAAGUGGAGAAUUGAACCUGGCCUGUGUGACGUACCUAACCACUCCCCCACCAUGCAGCCCCCUUGUGAUGUCACAAUACCUAAUCAAACUUUGAGCCUAUUCUUAUCUAGAAGUAUUGUUUCCAUACACUUUAGUCGCCCGUUUGAGCCUAUCCACAUGCGUCACUAUGGCAACCGCCACUGAGCAGGAACCUUUUUAAAAGUGCUCCAAAUGUGUCAAAUUGCAAGGGAAUUGGUUGUGCACUCGCUGCCCCCAUCAGGCUACUCCACAGACCUACAACGCGUCAAUGUGAGUACUUUUUACUUUUGCAUGUAUAUGUACAGUAUUGCUUCCUGUGUGUUUUUUGUGUGUAAAUAAUGACCAGGAUGUACAGUGUUGUUGUUGAUGUGUGUUUGGGCAUAUAAAGUCACAUGUAGUAUACUGUACAACCCUAACUCACAGAAAUUCUUGGAGAUGACCCCCGGGUGUCCGCCAUGCACCCGCCAUGCAUCCACCAUGCAUUCACCAUGCAUCCACCAUGCAUCCGCCAUGCACCCACCAUGCAUCCACCAUGCAUCCGCCAUGCACCCACCAUGCAUCCACCAUGCACCCGCCAUGUA